AUGUCAACCCACCGACCGAAUGCCUUUAACAGUUUGCGGAUGGGAGAGGUGAUCCGCGAGAAAGUUCAGGAUGGUAUCACGGGAGAAACCAGAGACUUGCAGUACACGCAAUGCAAGAUUGUUGGAAACGGUUCAUUUGGUGUCGUUUUUCAGACCAAGCUUUCGCCAUCUGGCGAGGAUGCUGCCAUCAAGCGAGUUCUCCAGGACAAGCGAUUCAAGAACCGCGAGCUCCAAAUCAUGCGGAUUGUCCGACAUCCCAACAUCGUUCAGCUGAAGGCUUUCUACUACUCGAACGGCGAACGCAAGGAUGAGGUCUAUCUCAAUCUGGUUCAAGAGUUUGUUCCCGAGACCGUCUAUCGGGCCUCCCGCUUCUUCAACAAGAUGAAGACGACCAUGCCUACUCUGGAAGUCAAGCUCUACAUCUACCAGCUCUUCCGAGCCCUCGCAUACAUCCAUUCGCAGGGCAUCUGCCACAGAGACAUCAAGCCCCAAAACCUCCUGCUUGAUCCCAACAGCGGCGUUCUGAAGCUGUGCGACUUCGGCAGUGCCAAGAUCCUUGUCGAGAACGAGCCCAAUGUCUCGUAUAUCUGCUCCCGAUACUACCGUGCCCCCGAGCUCAUCUUUGGUGCUACCAACUAUACCACCAAGAUUGAUGUUUGGUCCACGGGGUGCGUCAUGGCCGAGUUGAUGCUCGGUCAGCCCUUGUUCCCCGGCGAGUCGGGCAUUGACCAGCUGGUGGAGAUUAUCAAGGUGCUCGGCACGCCCACCAGAGAGCAGAUUCGCACCAUGAACCCCAACUAUAUGGAGCACAAGUUCCCGCAGAUCAAGCCUCACCCGUUCAAUAAGGUAUUCCGGAAGGCUGAUGCUAAUGCCAUCGAUCUCAUUUCCCGCCUCCUCGAGUAUACCCCGACCGAGCGUCAGGCAGCCGUCGACGCCAUGGUGCAUCCUUUCUUCGACGAGCUUCGGGACCCGGCCACCAAGUUGCCCGAUUCGCGACAUGGAACUGGCCAGCUGCGAGACUUGCCCGAUCUUUUCGACUUUACUCUCCACGAACUCUCCAUCGCUCCGCACCUGAACCACCAGCUCGUACCUCCGCACAUGAGGCCCGUUCUUGCGGCCCGAGGACUUGACAUUGACAACCUUACGCCGAUGUCGAAGCAAGACAUGCUGGCGAAACUCGACUGA